AUGCGUGCAGUCGAAGAGAUUGAUUCUCUUGCUUUAGCAUCAGGUGACCCUUCACCGGCUCUUGAGCUUCAGCAACAGGCGGUGCCUGUUGUGAACAGUUCACGUGGUGAGUCACCACGUGCGACAGAUACAUCCGCUGCGUCUGCAGCGGGUGCUGCGACUCGCAUUGGGGAUGAGCCUAAAUCAGAGCUCAUCAAUUUGGCGAGUCGGAUGAUGCAUCCGACUCGAAGGCGACAUCUCAUAACUCCGGAUUAUCCGGGGCAGACACUGCAAGAGCCAGGUAACAUGGCUCUGGGGAACGUGGCUGCAUCUUGUCCGAUAUCCUCGGACCGAGCUAUUCGUCUGAAGAAUCCUCGUCUCAAGCUAGUACAUCUGACGAUAGGACGCGUGGUGAUGGUGGUGAUGCACCAAUGGAUCACCACGAGAGAAGCAACUCGAGGGAUUGAGCUGCCACGGGCGUCAGUGCUCAUGCUCACAUCACUCAAGAGACCAGGGACCUAA